AUGUAGGAUAUAUAAUAAGUUCAUACUUCAAAACUUGAAUAAGAAUCUGCAACAAGUGCAAAAAAUCACUUAUCAUUAGUCACUGUAUUAUCUCACUUAACAUAUAAAAUAGAACAUUACUGAUUUAACAAAUGAAUUGCUAUAAAAUUAUAAAUAGGAUAUUGAUCAAUUGAAAUAAGAAUUACAUCUAAUGAAAUAAAGAAUUACUAAUAAUAAUGAAGAAAUUAAAAAUACAACUUAACCAACUUUAGAUGCUAUGUUAAGAGAUCUUAGAUAAGUAUUUUAUACUCAAUUCAUUAGGCUAUCAAUACUUAAAAGGAUGAAAAUUCUAAAUUGUAAUCAUAACUAACUGAGUUGAAAAAAGAAAAAAGUUAAAUAUAGUAAUUAAUAUUGGCUGCCACUUAAAAGUUAUCAGCCUUAGAAUAAUAAGUAGGAAACUACACCUCUUCAUGA